AAGCCGGUCCCUCCGACCUGGCAGCCUCAUGCUGGGGGCCGCUGCCGGCUGGGGCUGACCGAGCCCGCCCUGCCCGUGCUGCCUUGCCCGCCCCCCGGACCCGGCAUCCCCCGCCGCCGGACUCCCAGGCACCGCCGGGCUCCCAGGCACCGCCGCCGCCUCGACGAUAAAAAGUUGUGCGGAGCGUCGAGGAUGGGAGCGCAUCUGCAGCCUCUCGCCCUGCGGCUUCUGGCGUUGACUUUCCCCUUGGUGGCGAAGGGUUUCUCUGACGAAACCUUGGAGAAAACCGUGAAGUCCGAGGGAUAUUGCAGUCGGAUCUUGCGAGCCCAGGGCACCAGGAGGGAAGGGUACAAUGAAUUUAGCCUCAGGGUGGAGGGCGAUCCAGAAUUUUACAAGCCUGGAAACAGUUACCGGGUGACACUCUCUGCUGCCACACCUGCUUACUUUCGAGGAUUCACAUUGAUUGCUCUCAAGGAAGGAAAAGAAGGUGACAAGGAAGAAGACCAUGCAGGAACUUUUCAGAUCAUAGAUGAGGAAGAAACACAGUUCAUGAGUAAUUGUCCUGUUGCUGUUACUGAGAGCACACCUAGACGAAGGACACGCAUUCAAGUGUUUUGGACAGCUCCUCCUGCUGGUACAGGCUGUGUAAUUCUGAAAGCCAGCAUUGUGCAGAAGCGCAUAAUUUAUUUUCAAGAUGAGGGUUCUCUCACCAAAAGAAUUUGCGAACAAGAUUCAGCCUCAGAAGGUGUGACUGACAAACCAAUUCUAGAUUGUUGUGCCUGUGGAACUGCCAAAUACAGAUUAACUUUUUAUGGAAACUGGUCAGAAAAAACACACCCCAAAGAUUUCCCACGACGCACCAACCACUGGUCUGCAAUCAUUGGUAGCUCUCACUCGAAGAACUACAUCCUUUGGGAGUAUGGAGGGUAUGCUAGUGAAGGUGUCAAACAAGUUGCAGAGUUGGGCUCCCCAGUAAAGAUGGAAGAAGAAAUUCGACAGCAAAGCGAUGAGGUUUUAACAGUCAUCAAGGCAAAAGCACAGUGGCCUGCCUGGCAACCUCUAAAUGUGAGAGCUGCUCCCUCUGCUGAGUUUUCUGUUGAUCGGCACCGGCACCUGAUGUCCUUUCUCACCAUGCUGGGCCCCAGCCCAGACUGGAAUGUGGGGCUGUCUGCUGAAGACCUCUGUACCAAGGACUGUGGCUGGGUUCAGAGAGUUGUUCAGGAUUUAAUCCCCUGGGAUGCUGGCACAGACAGUGGUGUUAGUUAUGAGUCUCCUAACAAACCUACAGUGCCUCAAGAGAAGAUCAGACCACUUACAAGCUUAGAUCAUCCUCAAAGUCCAUUUUAUGAUCCAGAAGGAGGAUCUAUCAAGCUGGUAGCCAGAGUUGUCAUUGAGAGAAUUGCACGCAAGGGGGAGCAAUGCAAUAUUGUACCUGAUAACAUAGAUGAUAUUGUGGCAGAUCUAGCACCAGAGGAAAAAGAAGAAGAUGACACCCCUGAAACCUGCAUAUAUUCAAACUGGUCCCCAUGGUCAGCCUGCAGCUCUUCUACCUGUGAAAAGGGCAAAAGGAUGAGGCAGAGAAUGCUUAAAGCUCAGCUGGACCUCAGUGUGCCCUGUCCAGAUACUCAAGAUUUUCAGCCAUGCAUGGGUCCAGGCUGCAGUGAUGAAGAUGGUUCCACUUGCAUGAUGUCUGACUGGAUUACAUGGUCCCCCUGUAGUGUUUCCUGUGGAAUGGGAACGCGAUCUAGAGAGAGAUAUGUAAAACAAUUCCCUGAAGAUGGAUCUAUGUGCAAAGUGCCUACUGAGGAGACUGAGAAGUGUAUUGUAAAUGAGGAGUGUUCCCCUAGCAGCUGCCUUGUCACUGAAUGGGGAGAGUGGGAUGAAUGCAGCGCUAGCUGUGGUACAGGGAUGAAGAGACGACACAGAAUGAUCAAGAUGACUCCCGCUGAUGGAUCCAUGUGCAAGGCAGAAACCACAGAGGCAGAGAAAUGCAUGAUGCCUGAAUGCCAUACCAUCCCCUGCCUACUCUCUCCUUGGUCUGAAUGGAGUGACUGCAGUGUAACAUGUGGGAAGGGAAUGCGAACCCGGCAGCGGAUGCUGAAAUCUGCUGCUGAGCUUGGGGACUGCAAUGAGGAACUGGAACAAGCGGAAAAGUGCAUGCUGCCCGAAUGCCCUAUCGACUGUGAACUAACAGAGUGGUCCCAGUGGUCCGAGUGUAAUACCUCAUGUGGAAAGGGCCAUAUGAUCAGGACAAGAAUGAUAAAAAUAGAACCACAGUUUGGAGGAACAGCAUGCCCAGAAACCGUCCAACGUACCAAAUGUCGAGUAAGGAAAUGCCUGCGAGGCCCAGGUAUGGAAAAAAGGCGCUGGAAAGAGGCCCGGGAGAAGAGGAGAAGUGAACAAGCGAAAAAAACUAUAGAGAGCGAGCAAUACCCAGUUUGUAGGCUGAAACCAUGGACUGCUUGGACAGAAUGUUCUACACUCUGCGGAGGUGGAAUUCAGGAACGCUACAUGAUGGUAAAGAAGAGGUCCAAAAGUACACAAUUUACUAGUUGCAAAGACAAAAAGGAGCUGAGAGCAUGUAAUGUUCAUCCUUGUUAACAAAACACAAGGCUUCCAAGUGAUGCACCCUGAGCUAAAUGGAAAGUCAACCUUGGUUUGGUUUUUGAAACAAACAAACAAAAUACAAAGUGUAUAUUAGUUUUCAUUUUUGCAGUGUGAUUUGCUUUUUAGUCUUGCUGGUGCAAGAAAUAUAUUUUAUAAAUAUUUCCUCACAGAUUUAUGCUGAGAGUAGAUCUUUGGUACUCCAGCCAGCCCUUAAUGCAUAAAAAUAGUAAGUCAUUAUGAGUCAUUUAACUAAAAUACAGACAUAUCUGUGGACAUGGAAUAGCCAUAUAGAAAUACUACUUGUAAAGACAUGGGAUGCAUGCAUAUUAACAUAAUGAAGUUAAAGUGACAUGUUUCGUAUGUGGGAAGAUUUCUCUCAGUUUGAUUUUGAAAAUCCAAAGCAGUGCCUAUGUGAUUACACAACUAUGCCAAGGAGUAAUUUCAGUAAUGCUGGUUCAAUAAAUACUAAAGGUGCAUGUUUAUCUUUUUACACUAUUGGGUUAAGCUGAUAGUUAUAAUAAUUAUCCUAUAUACUUUUCUCCACACGGAUACUAUGGACCAUGCAAAACAGUCUGUUUCUUUAAAACUUAAAAAGUAAAUGAUUCCAGCAGACCAGUAGUGAUGUCUGCUCACUGUAUAGUCACAGCCAAAACAGGACACGGAGAAAACAUGUGAACAUCAUCAUACAUAUUUCAAUGCCAUAUUCUUAUAUUGAGUCUAUCCACUGCCUCUUCUAAUGAAUAUGUAACUAAUAUAGAUUGGUCCAGAGUCACAGAAGGACUUCCACAUGAGACACACUAAAAUACUAGAUUCAGUUUUGUGAGGACAUUAAACAUGGUGUCAUUUGUUUUUUCACUCAGCAUAUAGGAGGAUCUAAAAAUAACUGAAUUUGUGAGAAUUACAGAUCUGUAGCUAUACGAGCCGGGAUAGAUCUCUUCCCAGACCACCUGAGUGAUCAGCAAACUGCCCAAGAUUAGGAAAUAGCUCCUCACCCUUUUACACCAUUUCCUGCAGGGUUGAGCUCUCAUCCCUACCCAUAAUCAGGUAUAGGACCAGCAGGACCUUGGGCUUCAUUGUCUGUUGGAAUAUAAUACUGUCCUGUAAGUUUAACGCCAUACCAUUAAAGAUGUGAGGUGAAGGUGCUGGGUUAUCUUUUUGUCCACGAAAGGCAGCGUACACCUAUGUCUCUACAUAAGUAAUAACAAUGCACUGAAAAUAAGACUGUUGAUGCUGACUCUUAAAACAAGCUUGAAAGAAAUGAAUGGAGCAAAAUUUAUUUUACAGUCUUUUAAGCCAGCCUUAAGUAAUCUACUCAUUUCUAUCUCACCGUCCUGAGAACCUGACACCCAGGUUUUAAGUGUCCAUGUUUGAUGUGAGCCACAACCCACUGAGGCUGUUUAACUUCACCAUCACUGCCCUUGGAGCCCUUUCAUUACCUCCCUGUACCUGAAUGGGCUAGGAGGGCUGGCUCAUUGUAUCAUAGGGUUUGUCAUUGUCAUUUCUCCACUGAACACUGCAAGGGCUGCUCAGAACUUCCACAGCUGUGACAUCCCACCUCCUCAAGGUAUGGUACUGAUUUUUUUUUUUUAGAUUGGAGUGAAGGGAGGGCCAGAGAAAUAAUGGAAUCAACAUAGUGUUAAGCCUCUCCCACCGCUGCUAAGUGAAAUGGGUGCAAGCCCAUAGCGAACCAAACCAGCGAAAAAAAGUAGUACAAGGUUUAAUGCUAAAACCAAACAUUCUACAUUUUGCACAGCUUGGCUCAUUCAUUAAUACUAAUUCUGAUAGUUUACCUCCUUGUGGCUGUUAAAAAUUUAUGCAGUUUUUGUCUCUAUAGCACUGUCAUUACAGUAGCAAGUAAUGUAUUUAUGACCUUACCCUGCACAUUACCCUUAUGACCAAACAAGCCACCCCAACAACAAAAACAGUGGAAUGAUGCAGAUACUGGAGGAGUGACCAGCUGAGCGUGUUUCGGGUGAAGUAACAAACAGAUGGCUGCAGAGAAGGGCUACAGGGAUGAAUGCCAGGCGCACAGCCAGGGCAGAGCUGCAUACGCAGUCAAGACUCACACACCACCUACCUUGGUGAGCUGCUUUUUCUGAGCCUGACAGAGGAUAUCCUAGCUGAGGCCAAUCAUUUGGAAAACUAAUGUCUGACUAAGAAAUGUGUGAUAGAGUGGUUUUGUAGGCUUGGAUCUGUGAGAGCUUGGGGUAGAGGGAGCAGAACAAGAAAGUUCCUCCUGAAUGGGGAAAAAAAAGCUCUAAGUUUAUGGGCUACAUUUUAUCUCAACACUUACCUCUUGUUUGAGCUUGCAAACCCAUGCCUAUUCCUGCAAAUAAACAAUUAAGACCAAUGCUGUCUUUUCAUGUUUUUUUUUCCGGUUCAUCAAGCUAUUUCCUCUUUCAAUUACACCCUUUGCCAAAGCCUACAUAAUCCAAAUACACCUUUAGGUAUGUAGGAAAUACACACCGUCUUUCUGAAGAUGGUGACAAAGUUGUCCAUUAAACCAAUCUGUCAUUUGCUAAUGUGAUUCUCCAUAUACCUUUUUUUCUCUCAGGAGGCUGUUUCAGUGUGACUUCCAGUCAUUUCUCCUCGGCUCAUUAUAGUUAUGAAUGUUGGCAUUUUUUUUCCCCCACCUUGUUAAUACAUGCAAUGACAACGUAGAUUGCACUGAGUCAGAAAUGUGUGAUUGUUCCUGCUUGGGUUCAGCUUUUCACACUUUUUCUGUUGAAACAUUUUACAAGUCACUUGUCUUUCUUCUAACUUGAUACAAAAUAAAUAGUUAAGCUUGUUACAUUUUGUUAAAAAAACCAACCACCGCAAACAAAAACAAAAGAAGAAAAAAAGAGGCUGAUUUUCUAUUCAGAAAAAAGAAGCUCUGAUAUACAGUAUGUAGAAGUAUUGCAUUGUUACUGUAAACUUUCUAGUAGUGUCAUAGCCACUGGCUAUCAGUCAAUAAAAACAGAGAAGUGUUCACACUCUCCUCUCCUGAACAAACCCGCUGACCUGAAAGCACAGAUGUCACUCCAGUUUUGUAGACCUCAACUCUCAGAUCCUAGCAUUGCGUGUAUGGGGUUUUUUCUAACAUACAAACUGUAGAAGCUUUACACAUAAUAAAAAAGAGAAAAGUUAGGGGCUUAACAAAUGUACAGUAGGACCUUGUGUGUGCAGCAUAUGAUUUAAACAAACUUUGAUGCAUUUCUAGAUUUCCUCCAUUAUUUUCAUUUGCUCUGGAAUUAUGAAAAAAAAGCUACCAUGAAUAUUUCUUACCAAAGUCUUGUGUAGAUGUUUUGUAGCUGUCUGGCUAACACAUUAUUAUUAUUAUUUUGGAAU